UUGUAGUAUGUCCGAAUUACAACAACAACAUAUUCAUGUUGUUUAUAACAGCAAAAAUAUUCAUGACUGAACCUAUAACAUAGUCUGAUGUGGUUUUAGUUUUGAUAUGAUAAUUUAUUUAUGAUUUAAAUGAAAUUUUUGAAUCAUAGCUAAAGUUUUCAGCUUGAAACCUACCUGAAAUGCACAUGUGACAUAUUAAAAGUUUUCAUGGUUUUGAAUUUUAAAUUCUUGAUAACAAGGCUAGGUUUAGAGUUCAGAAAGCUUUGGUUUUAUAUAAUAAAAAAUGUGUGUAAUUUGGUAUUUUGGUUAAAUAAUCUUACUGUAAUAUAAAGUUAUAAUAUGAUAAAUAAUUUGUUGUUUAUUUUUAAUUGUUUUAAUAAGAAGCUAAUAUGAAGAGAAAAGGAUGUUUUUAGAAUUAAAGGCAUAGUUAUAAUAGGGUUGGUAGUGGAACAGAUGAGAGCAUGUGGUUAGAUGUUGUGCAGAUGUUUGAUAACAUAUAGAGAGCCUAUAUACUCAGAGAGCGGAUAUACGUGUGAUCGUUUUUGAUUGGUUGUUCGAUUUUUAUGAUUUUAGACGCCAUCUUUUUGCCAAAAAUACUAAUUGCGAUUAAAGUCUACUACUAAAUUUGUAUAAAAUAUUUGUAAAAGUAUGCCUGGUUGUGCUGCAGUAGGUUGCCAUAACAGGCCUGAGAAAGGAUUUAUUAUGAAAUGCUUCCCAAGAAAUAAAAAACAACGGACGAUUUGGACUUCUAAAGUUAAACGACUUAACUGGAUACCUACAAACACAAGCUUUUUAUGUGAAGUACACUUUGAUGCUGAUCAAUGGGAAAAAACCAGAGAAGAUGGGUCAAGAAAACUCAAACAUAAUGCAAUUCCUACUGUCUUUAAACAUGUUAGAGCAAAAUAUAAGCAAAAAAAUCCACUCUAACGUUUUCCAAUACCAAAAAAAAAGAAAAUAAGUUGUAUAGAAAGUGGAGAAGUUGUGGAAUAUGUUUUAAUUGAAGUAAAUAACAAUGAAGUAUCUGAAUCACUUUGCACAACUUUGAUAAAAGUUUACUUAUACAAGAUUUAAAUGCGAAAUUGGAGAGAUUAAAAAAAAAAGUCAUUAAUCAAAAAAAAAAAAU